CCUCUCUGAAAAGAUGCAUUUUCUUCCCCUCCCGCUGCUGCUCCUUCUAUGCUGCAGAGCUGAAGCUGGGGAGAUCAUCGGGGGCACAGAAUGCAAGCCACACUCCCGCCCUUACAUGGCCUUCCUGAAAAUCACCACUCCCCAGAAUCGCCUGAUGUCCUGUGGUGGUUUCCUGAUAAGACGGAACUUCGUGCUGACAGCCGCUCACUGUGCAGGAAGUUCCAUAAUGGUCAUCCUUGGAGCCCAUAACAUACGAAAGAAAGAAGACACAUGGCAGGAGCUUAACGUCAUAAAACAAUUCCCUCACCCAAAAUACGAUGACCUUACUAUUCGCCAUGACAUCAUGCUACUGAAGUUGAAGGAGAAAGCCAACCUGACCCUGGCCGUGGGGACGCUCCCCCUUACGCCCCUGUUCAACUCCAUCCUACCCAGGAGAAUGUGCCGGGUGGCUGGCUGGGGCAGAAGACAAGUGAACGGAACAGGCUCCGACACUCUGCAGGAGGUGAAGCAGAGGCUUAUGGAUCCCCAGGCCUGCAGACAGUACAGAGAUUUUGACCACAACCUCCAGCUCUGUGUUGGCAAUCCCAGGAAGACAAAAACUGCAUUUAAGGGAGAUUCAGGGGGCCCUCUUCUCUGUGCUGGGGUGGCCCAGGGCAUUGUGUCCUAUGGACAGUUGGAUGCAAAGCCCCCUGCUGUCUUCACCCGAAUCUCCUACUACCGGCCCUGGAUCAAUGAGGUCCUGAAGCAGAAUUAA